CAUACAAGAAUUUACCAAUUUAUUGGGAAAAAUUCGUCCAGAUUGUUUGGAAAAGAAUGGAAUGAGUCCACUUGUACAAGCUUGUUUUAAAGGGAAUGAAGAAAUGGUUAAAAUGUUGUUAGAGAUUGGUGCAGAUGCCGAUAUACGUUAUCACGAUCAAGGAUAUACUCCUUUAAUGAAAACCAAAAAUCUGUCAACUUCUUUUGGACGCUGGGGCAAGUACUCACGUCGAAAAUUCUAUUGGCAAAACUGCAGGGGAAAUGGCAGCAUUUGUCAAUAUGAGUGUGUUAGUGUUAUUAAUGCCCACAUUGGAGUAGAGGAUGUUAAUAAAAUUUUACAUCCACAAGGAGAAAAAAGCGAGAAAAUUUACCCCAACGAACUUGUUGAUUUUAUACAUCGACUAACUCGGACACAUUUAUUCCAUCCUGUUCGAUUAAUUUUUGAUGUUGUUGGUGAUGGAGUUAUUUGGGAAAACAGGGAAAAGACUGUUUGGACUGUUGACAGACUUUUUGAGAAACAAUUGAGAACAAAAGAACCUAACGAAGUAAUGUCAGUAAAAUUGUGGAUUGUUUUAUACACCCUUCGAGAAAUGCUUCAAUUUGUUGAUAAACACAUAAAAGCUGAAGGUAGUAAAAAAGAGGAGAAAAAGUCUGAAAAUGAAGGGGAAAACUUGAAGAAGAAAUUUGCUUUGGAUUUUGCCAAAACUUUAUUAAAUGAUCAACCUGAGUAUUUGGUUAGGCAUAACGAGGAAUUAUUUAUUAGAAGAGCAAUAGUUUCUUUUCCUUAUAAACAAUCGAUGUUGUGGCAAUCAUUAAAUCAAAGUUUUAAAACUGUCGAAUUUGGUUCUCCCCCUCCUGCUUUUAUUAUUUUGUGUAAUGCUUUAUUAGGGCACAGAUUUGUUCAAACAUCUAAAUUUUGUAGAACUUGUUCAAUUCCUUCAGCUAAAAAGCGUUGUCCAAAGUGUAAAAUUUAUUAUUGCUCAAUCGAAUGUCAACGUUUUGAUUGGCCAUUUCACAAAAAAUGUUGUGAAAAACUUGAGAAAAGACGUGAACAAGAAAAAGAGGAAGAAAUUAAUGAAAUAUUUAGAGGAAAUUAA